AUGACUCUGAAAUCCCUGCCGAAGAAGAUGAUGUUGAAACCCCUGCCAAAAAAGACCAGCGGGGAGUUAUCUGGCAUCCUCCUAGACAAGAAUAAGUGCAAAGCAGUAAAGAAUCUGACCAGGGACCAACUAGAAGCUUUCCACCAGGCCUACAGUUUCUUCAGUAAGGACGCAGAUGGCAGUAUUGACCUGCAAGGCUUGGAGACGACUGCAAAGAAGCUGGGGAUUAGUUUAACCGAACAAGAGGCCUACGACGAGCUGACAUAUGCUGAUGUGGACGGAGAUGGGAAAGUGAACUUCUCUGAUUUUCUGACCAUUGUCACCGACAACAAGCGCUUCAUCCAGGCUGUAGCCCCCGAGAAAGGCAGCCUGGAGGACUUUGAUUCCAUCGACGCCACGGGAAUCCUGCUCUUUGAGGUCCUGUCAAAGCUGGUGGAAAUGUCGGCUCUGCCCCGGAAGUCCAUGCUUGAAAUAGUCAGUUACUACCGGCAGAAGUUCCUGGUGUCCACUGGCAGGAGGGCCUGGAUAGAUGCUGGCAGCUUAAUGGACCAUGGGAAGGGGCUCCACACGCUCCGAAAAGCCCCAACUCCUCAGAGAGGCAGAGUCACUCCUAUGUCUGCCUUUGCGGGUGCUGCCCGCAUCUCAGUGAUGAAUGACAAAGAGCUGGAAGCCUACGUGGAAACCCUCAGGGCAAGCAGUGUCCCCUCUGACAGUCCUUAUGCUCAGGUACCCAUCUUCCCAUUGCUUCCCAACCGGAAUGGAAUGACAAUACCGAAGCCAAAAAAAGACUUGCAGAAGCUGGAGAUGCAGAGAAGGAAAGAGCCUAUAUCGUCGUUUGAAAACCAUUUUUUCCAUAAAAGAAACUGGCUCCGUGAGGCAACUGCGUUCAAACCUCCUGAUUACUUCAGAGACCGGAAAACCUCCCUUAGUCUCGGCCCUCACUUGAUGGAGAGGCGACACCGUUUGACUAUAGAAGACCUGCGUGAGAUACGACUAGAUGUGAAAAGGGUAACUGAAAUGUACAAGGAGGGGAUGGCACUCAAGGAGAGGAACAGGAUGCUGAGACUGUGGCGGAGGUUGCACGGUGGGCAGAUUGGGCUGGAGUCAGGGAACCACAGCUUCUACCACACUUUCUCCACCUACUCCUGGUCAUGGAACGCUCGCCAAGAGCUGGUGACACCCAACGAACUUCAGCAGUACGAUAACAAACUGUACCGCAGAGAACAUUCCUCAGCCCGCUCCGAUGACAGCGAAGUCAAGGGUGGGAUAAGGAAAGGAAAAGAAAGGAAAUGAGAAGAAAGAGCCAUAUUGCUCCAUUUUCUUAACAUCACUGUUGACUACUGUCCUCCUUCACAUCCCAUUAUUUUUCCCUAGAACAGUCUCAGGCUCUUACACAGGUCACACUG